AGAGUGUUAAAUAUGCUUGAUAAAAGCAUUGAUAGAACCGAGAAGCAAACCGUCGAAUUACCAUUUUUUGUGGAACGAACGUGUACUGAUUGCGAUACCAACGAGAAGAGCGUUAACCUGCGACCACGAGCAAAAGCAACAACAAAAACAACAACAACAUUAGCACCUACAUCAUUAUCAUCAACAGCAUUACCAUCAGUAACAAGAUCAUCAUUUAGAGGAGGAGGUGGAAAUGCAUUGAAAAGAAGAAAAUGCCAUCCAAAUGCGCAACAACAAAAACAACAACAACAACAACAACUGAAACUCAAUAGAAAUAUCUAUUUAUGCAAAUGUAAUCGAAUGGCACAGAGCUGUAUAUAUUUUGUAUUAGUUUUAGCAAUCUUAAGUGUAAGAUAUACUUGUGCUGCUUCUCAUCCACAACAACAACAGCAACAACUACGCGAAAGAGAACAACAACAACAACAUUUACAACAUAAUAAUCAAACUGAAUAUGGAGCCGGCGAUAAUUACUCAAUAUAUCACGAUAGAAAUGCAACCAUAAAAUACCCAGAUCCAAUAUUGAUCAUCGCUGAGACUGAAUCUGAAUCUGAGGCUAGUAAUACUCACAACAACACCAACAAUAUUAAUGCCAGUGUGAAGAAGCAAAAGAACAAGAAGAACAGCAACAUCGUCGAGAAGAAGAACAAGAACUAUAAGAAGAAGCAACUGCAAGAAGAGACUGAGGAAGAGCGACAUCAUCUGCUCAGCGAUUCAUUGGACACAUUUGGCGCUUAUCGCAUACCCGACGAGGCCAUCUACACAAAUGAGUUCGCUGUCCAUAUACCAGCUGGCAGAUCCAUUGCCGAUACCAUAGCCGAGAAGUACGGUUUCACCAAUCGCGGACAGAUCGGCGCCCUUGACGACUAUUAUCUGUUUCAGCAUCAUCGCGUGUCCAAGCGUUCGCUUCGCUCGAGUCGCAAGCAUCACAGUGCCUUAAAAUCGGAGUUCGAGGUGAAGUGGCUUCAGCAGCAGCAUGAGAAGAUCAGGCAGAAGCGAGAUGGCCCCUAUUCAGAUAUACCCACCUACAGUCCGUACAAUAUUUUACGCCAGCCUAAUAAUGACUACGCACUCGAUCCCAUUACGAAUCCAUAUUCGCUUUUUUCAUAUUCCCCAGACCCAUCCCUAACAUCAUCGACCACAUCGUCCCAUUCGCCGCGUCUCAAGUACCGCGAUGUCUCGCCUCUGCUUAUCUUCUCCGAUCCGUUGUUUAAGGAACAGUGGUAUUUGGUGAGUAAAAAUGGAGGAGCGAAGGAUGGUCUCGACAUGAACAUCGUGCCUGCCUGGCAGAAGGGAUACACUGGCAAAGGUGUCGUUGUCUCCAUACUGGACGACGGCAUUCAAACCAAUCAUCCGGAUCUCGCUCAGAAUUAUGAUCCCGAUGCUUCGUUCGAUAUCAACGGCAAUGAUUCGGAUCCAACGCCACAGGAUAAUGGCGACAAUAAACAUGGAACACGUUGCGCUGGCGAAGUUGCUGCGGUUGCCUUCAACAACUAUUGCGGCGUGGGCGUGGCAUAUAAUGCCAGCAUUGGCGGCGUGCGCAUGCUGGAUGGCAAAGUGAACGACGUGGUCGAAGCGCAGGCGCUAAGCUUGAAUCCCGCUCACAUUGACAUCUACAGCGCCUCGUGGGGACCCGAGGAUGAUGGCUCCACGGUCGAUGGUCCCGGACCCUUGGCUCGUCGUGCCUUCAUCUACGGCGUGACCAGCGGACGUCAGGGCAAGGGUUCGAUCUUUGUGUGGGCAUCGGGCAACGGUGGACGCUACACGGACUCGUGCAACUGCGAUGGCUACACCAACUCCAUCUUUACGCUGUCCAUCUCGAGUGCCACGCAAGCAGGCUACAAGCCUUGGUAUCUGGAGGAGUGCUCAUCGACGCUGGCCACCACCUACAGCUCGGGUACGCCGGGUCACGACAAGAGCGUCGCCACCGUCGACAUGGACGGACGCCUGCGUCCCGAUCACAUUUGCACUGUGGAGCACACGGGCACCUCGGCUUCGGCACCGCUGGCGGCUGGCAUUUGUGCGUUGGCGCUGGAAGCGAAUCCCGAUUUGACGUGGCGUGAUAUGCAGUACUUGGUGGUGUACACCUCGAGGCCGGGACCGCUGGAGAAGGAGAGCGGCUGGACAUUGAAUGGCGUGAAGCGUAAAUACAGUCACAAGUUUGGCUACGGUCUGAUGGAUGCCGGCGCCAUGGUCACUUUGGCCGAGCAAUGGAAUUCAGUGCCGCCGCAGCACAUUUGCAAGUCGCGCGAGAACAACGAGGAUCGCAAUAUUGCCGGCGAAUAUGGCUACACGCUGGCCACCCACAUGGAUGUGAACGGUUGCGCCGGCACAAUCAAUGAGGUGCGCUAUCUGGAGCACGUUCAGUGUCGCAUCACGUUGCGCUUCUUCCCGCGCGGCAAUUUGCGCAUCUUACUCACCUCGCCGAUGGGCACAACGAGCACGCUGCUGUUUGAGCGACCGCGCGACAUUGUCAAGUCGAAUUUUGACGAUUGGCCAUUCCUGAGCGUGCACUUUUGGGGCGAAAAGGCCGAGGGUCGCUGGACGUUGCAGGUGAUCAACAGUGGACGUCGACGGGUCAAUCAACCGGGCAUUCUAUCCAAGUGGCAGCUCAUCUUCUAUGGCACAUCGUCGCAACCGAUGCGCCUCAAAUCGGAGCUGCUAAACACUCAAUUGCGCAACAGUCCCGUUGCCAGCAAUCCGUUCAUCUUCUCGUCGGCCUCGAACAUUGGUCAGCCCGCUAACGAGGGCGGCAACUUUAACACGGAUAACUUUGCCGGGUAUUUGAACUAUCAGAACAUCUUUAGCAGCGCCGGCUCCAGUCCAGAGGUGGCCACCGCCACUUUGGAUGGCCACAGCGUCAACACUUCGGCAAUUGUCCUCCAACAACAGCAGCAACUAGCCAAUGUCAAUGGCAGUGGCGAUAACAAGCUCAUCAUGUAUUCCUGCGAUGCUGAAUGCGGUACACUCGGCUGCUAUGGACGUGGGCCGACGCAGUGCGUCGCCUGUAGUCACUAUCGACUGGACAACACUUGCGUAAGUCGUUGUCCACCUCGCUCGUUCCCCAAUCAAGUGGGCAUCUGCUGGCCAUGCCACGAUUCCUGCGAGACCUGCGCUGGCGCUGGACCCGACAGCUGUCUCACCUGUGCACCCGCCCACCUGCAUGUCACUGAUCUCGCCGUCUGUGUGCAAAACUGUCCCGAUGGUUACUUUGAGGAUAUGAAGAAUCGAACUUGUGUGCCUUGCGAGCCGAACUGUGCCUCCUGUCAGGAUCGUCCCGAGUUUUGCACCAGCUGCGAUCAUCAUCUGGUCAUGCACGAGAACAAAUGCUAUUCGGCUUGCCCGCUCGACUCUUACGAAACGGAAGAAAACAAAUGCGCCUACUGUCACUCCUCGUGCGCCACGUGCAAUGGCGCCACAGAGAACGAUUGCAUCACGUGCCGUCCCAGUCGCUAUGCGUGGCAAAACAAAUGCCUUAACAACUGCCCCGAGGGACACUAUGCGGACAAGAAGCGGUUGGAGUGUUUGCCCUGUCACGAGGGCUGCAAGAGCUGCAGCAGCAAUGGCAUCUGCAGCGAGUGUCUGCCCAACUGGACGCUCAACAAGAAGGACAAAUGCAGCGUCGCCGGCAGCGAAGCUUGCACCGAUUCGGAGUUUUACAGUCAGUCGGAGAGCGGCUGCAAGGCAUGCCACAGCUCGUGUGAGACGUGCAACGGUCCGUUGGCCACCAACUGUUUAUCUUGCGAGUCGAAUCGUUUGCUGGAGCAGAGCAGCUGUGUCAGCGGCUGUCAGGAUGGCUACUUCAUGGAGACGGGCGUGUGCACGCCUUGCUUGCACACUUGCACCCAAUGCAAGUCGCGCACCAACUGCAGCAACUGCUCCAAGGGAUUGGAGCUGCAGAAUGGCGAGUGUCGCACCACUUGCGCUGAUGGCUAUUACAGCGAUCGCGGCAUUUGCGCCAAGUGCUAUCUGAGUUGUCACACGUGCAGCGGACCGCGUCGCAAUCAGUGUGUUCAGUGUCCCGAUGGCUGGCAGCUGGCCGCCGGCGAAUGCUAUCCCAAGUGCCCCGAGGGCUUCUACAAGUCGGAGUUUGGCUGCCAGAAAUGCCAUCAUUACUGCAAGACCUGUAAUGGCGCUGGUCCGUUGGCCUGUUCGUCGUGCCCGCCCAACUUUAUGCUCGAUGGCGGACUGUGCAUGGAAUGCCUGAGCACCCAGUACUAUGAUGCAACCACACAGACGUGCAAAGCGUGCCACGAAUCGUGUCAUUCGUGCCUGGGACCCGGACAAUACUCGUGCAAAGCGUGCGUGGCACCUUUGCAUCUGGAUCGCGUGAAUGGCCAAUGUGUGCCCUGCUGUCGGGCCAGCAAGAAGACAACCACCGAAGCUGGCGAGCAACAGGACAACGACAACGAAGACGACGAGCACUGCUGUCAAUGCGAUGCGGAUACAGGUGAAUGCCGAAGCACUUCAACGGCAGGCAAACGUCGCACUGUCGUUGGCAUCGACAGCAUUUUCAGGAGCGCAGUCAGAGAUCGACAGCAACAGUUGCCGGGUGAGCUGAAUGGCGGUGGCGGUGGUGGCGUAUUUGUUUUUCGACUCGAUUCCCCGUUGACAGCAAUCACCGCAAUUGCCGUAGCGAUUUGUCUGCUCAUCAUCACCAUCUUCUCAAUUAUCUUUGCCGUGCUGCAGCGCAAUAGCAAUCACACAUCGAGAAAUUCGGUGCGUUAUCGCAAGAUCAAUGGGCGGAAGUGUGAGGCGAGCAAUGAGGCCAGAUUUAUAUUCAAUGUGGGCGAGAAUGGCGAUGAUACAGACAGCGAUGAUGAUAAUGAUAUGAUGGAUAAUAGCAUGGAUACAACGCGGAGGCGGAUGAAUAACCAACGCAUUGUCUACGAGCAGCAACAUCACAAUCGUUGCGGCGACGUCCCCCCAAAUGGAAACGAAUUUUAUGUGAAGAGUACAAAUGAUAUUGAUGCGAUCGAGUUUCAUGGCAACAGCAGCAGUAGUAAACAUGUAAAUAAUCCCGAUUGCAGCAGCAACAGCAACAGUCCCACAACAAUGAAUCCGCCAAUAAUAGCAGCGACAGCAACAGCAACAACAACAACGAGUAGUAGUAGCAGCAACAAUAGAAGAAUCGUUAGCCGAAAUAAUUAUAUUGAAAGCUGAUUCUUUAAUAAUUCCAAUGUGAAUAAACCAACACCAACACCAACUACAAAAACUACAACUAUAGCAACUCCAACACCAAGAACAACAAC